UUCUUUCCACUUCCAUUCAACUAGGGAAAGUAGCACAUUCACUUUGGAAAUCGCGUAAAAUCACGCUAAAAACAUCCACGCCAAAAAUUAUCUUGCUGUUGUGAAAGAUAAUUGUAUGAAUCAAAAGAAUACCAAACCAACUCUUGGAGGACAGCGGAUCAAGACCCGCAAGAGAGACGAAAAGAAAAACGAUCCCAUAGGAUUUCGUGAUUCUGUUAUUGUCGGUCUGGAAAAAUCUGGAAAUAAUUUUGAAAAUGUUUCAGCAUUCUUAGACAAUCCUGGUAAUAAGUUGAAUUAUCAUGCUUAUGGUGAACAGCUCUUUGAGAUACUCAUUGCUGGUGGAUUGUUAGCUCCUGGUGGCACCAUUAUUGCUGAGGGAGAGAAACCAAAAACAACAAUAUGUGUAUUUGAAGCGAAUGAAGAUUCAGAGACUUUGAAGUCUCAUGUCCAGAUGUAUCAAAAACUUAUGAGAAGGUUCAAGUACCUUCAAAAAGCAUUUGAUGAUGUGUUAAACAAGAUCAUUGUUUUCAUGAAAGGUUUUACAGAAGAACAGCGAAUGAAACUUGCAACUGUGUAUGCCAUGAUUUUGGCAAAUAAUAUGACACAAGGAACAUUCUUGCAGAAAUUAAUUAAUGAGCAUUUAGUGAAGGAAGGCUUGUCUCUUCAAUUUAUCACAAGAUUGUUUCAAGUGUGGUUUAAGGAGAAAAAAGAUUCCUCGAGCAUUAUUAGCUCACUGAAAAAGAAUGAAAUUGAUGAUAAAUUGUUGCAAUAUUUCCCUUCAAAUAAAAGAACAAAUGAACAGUUUGAAAAACACUUUAUCGCAGCCGGACUGCCAAAGCUUGUUGAAUUUCAGAAAGCUCAGCAGCACGCUGGUUCCAAAAAAUUUAAGUCGCAACUAUCUGAGAUGAUAGAGACGAAGAAGCCAGUCAAAGAAAUUGUUGCCAACUGUCAUGAGCUCAAAGAAAAAGGCAAACUGACUGAAGAUCAGGUUGUUGUUUUGACUUGGAAAGCAUUAAUGUCUUCUGUUGAAUGGAACAAAAAAGAAGAUUUAGUUGCGGAUCAAGCUCUCAGACAUCUCAAGAUCUAUGCUCCGUUGCUUGCUGCACUCGCCAAAACUCCUGCAACAGAAUUGAAAUUGAUGGUAAAAAUUCAGGAAUUCUGCUAUGAAAACAUGAAUUUCAUGAAAGUUUUUCAAAAGAUAAUCCUCCUUCUCUACAAAAUGGAUGUUUUAAGCGAAGACACCGUACUUAAAUGGUAUAAAGACGGACACAUUGCCAAAGGAAAAAGUGUAUUCUUGGAACAGAUGAAGAAAAUGGUUGAAUGGCUUCAAAAUGCUGAAGAAGAAACCGACUCUGAAGACGAAGAUUAAAGAAUGUAGCGUUUAAUAUUUUUUUUUUGAAAAAAAUGGAAUAAAAAUCAGAAUUUUAAGUAAAUCGUUAGUCACACUUGGUUUGUUUGCUAGAACAGGAAAGACUCAAAACAACAGCUAACGAUGGUCGCUGUAGCUAAUUAGCUUUGCCGUUUUUAUUUCAAAAGAGAUUGGUUGAUUCAACUUCGGUGGUGAAAAAACGACAAUGCCAUUCUUACGUGGGUGGGUCUAAUGUGUGAAGCUUUAAGCAUUUCAACGACUGAAGAAUAAGUGAUUUUCUCUGACACAAUAUACUAGCGAAAAAUUAUUUGGGAAAUUUUUAUUCCGAAGUAAUCUUCAGUUGUUACUUUACGUUAUUAAACGUCUUUCGUGUGUAGUGAACAUUUGCGUGCUGUUUCGAACUGGCUGCCUGCCUGAAUUUGGAACUAAGAUCAUUAUAUGAGAAGUGACUGAUUUACCCAACUUGUUUGCUACAGCUACAGGUACAUUGAUCAUUUCUGUGUUGCAUCUUCCUGUUCUAGUCGUACAGUGUUUUUUGCAAAUAUUUUUUGUUGUUUUUUGUAGACUUACAAUUAAAUGUUGCCUGCAUUUGUUAUAA